AAAAACAGCUGUAUCUGAUGUCCAUCUUUGUGUUUCUGCUGACUUCUCUUUUAUUCUGCCUCCUCCCAGAUGUCCGUGAAACAGAGCGCAGGAGGAGAAGCGGUCUGUCUCAUAUGUAAAGAGGGCUGCUCUGGAUUUCAGCCGCAUUCUUGGAGGAAAGCCUGUACGGCCUGUGGCUGCAGCACAGUGGACCACAUUCCUGGUGGUGACCUUGAAGAUGACCAGCACAUGGGACGCCUGCUCUCUGAGUCGCCCUGCUCCCACCUAACUGCAAAGGUCAAAGGAGGUGGUGGCCUUCGCAUGUACAAACGCAACCGCAUGAUUGUGACCAAUCCCGUGGUGUCGCGCAAAGACCCCACAUUCAGCACCACAACCUACGACUGGGCACCCGCCGGACUCAACCAGAAACUGGCCAUGCAGUACAUGGAACUCCUCCUAGAGAGUCACCGCCCUGUCUCAGGGACCCAUGGAGCUGUGGAGCGGCGUAGGAAGCUCCUGAGCCAGCUCCCCGUUUAUGACCAUGACCCCAUGAAGUGCCAGAGCCUCGCCACUGACCAGGAGGUACAGUACUGCGCUGGCAUCAUUUUACCAAACACUGAAUUUUACCAAAGAUUGUAUCUAAGAAAUUGACAGAGCUUUUUGGUGUCUAGCGACUUUGGAAAGUAAAGUCCACGAACCAGUGGUUGGGAACCAUUUGUCCAUUGUAAUUACACAUAUAAAUAAACAACGGAUUUUU